AAAGAUAACCAUUCUGACCUUAAUUGUCUUCAGUGAGAGUUGGUUAUCAAGUUGCAGAAUAUGGACUGACUUCUAGAUACUCGGUCGCUUAGAUGGAAUUUGGAGCAUUUCUAUAGAACGUUUAUAAACUAGACUUUAAUAUUCCGAAUAUGAGUAUAAUUGGACGUCAUAGCCAAGUAUAAACGCUGGAAUGCCAAGGCAAUUCUCUUCGCACAGUGCGGAGGAGGAAGUGUGUCAUCAACUAAUGUAAAGCAAUCAUAGGCCUACCCUGCAAAAACUGACGGACACAAAGGCCUAAUCAUUCGUGCUGUAAAGUCAAGCAAGUUAACAACAAAUUAUUAUCGAUGUUGUCUUAAAGUAAUAAUUGAGAGACGGAAAAGUAGUUUUACUCCAUUGCGCAACAGAAUUUGAAUUACAGCAACAUUGAGUUGAAGUCUUAAAUUGCUGUAAAGGCAUGUGGUUGCACCUUGCCUGAAUUAAGUGUAAGCAAAAGAGCCAUCGAAGUGGAUAAAUCCUGAUUUGUUUGCGGAAUUUUUGCAUGCCUGAGCUCAACUGAAAUAAUUCUAAAUUCCCAACCAAAGGCACGGGGUACCACAAUGGAAACGGAGACGAAUGAACCAGCUGCCUCUCUGGCUGCAGUAACAGCCUUCAAAUCAGCAGGUCUGGCGUUUAAUAAAAAAAGAUUAAUUGAAAAGAAACGUGACAAAGAACUACCUAUUGACUUUGAGGAGUUGGACCUGAACUUGCCACCUUUGCCUGAACCUACACCUCUUAUUGGUAAAAAUGCUUCCAUUGAAGCAUGUGCACUGGCAGAGUUCCCUAUUCAGUCACACAGUAAGUUGAACUUUAAUGUAAAUGCCGGAGCGGGAGGUGGAACUGCACUUCUUACAAUCGUCAGAAGCCGGUCAGGCCAUGCAGCUGGACAAGUUCAACUUGUUCGCUGUGGAUCAAGUGGCAACCACUUUGAAAACCUGUCAUUGGUCAAAACGGGAACGCAUUCAACUUAUGGCUACAAUAUCACAUGUACCGACAGCGCUGGCGACCUAUGCCCACUGGCCCUCUUUGGCUCGUCACGUACAAGUGUCUUGUCAAACCUGCCACGGUUUGGAAAUGGCCAGUGUGGACUUGUUGUGCAGAGUGACGAGAAAGGGGUAAUUGAAACUGGAAUCGAAGUCGAUAAUCCGCCAAUGUAUUUCACGUUGUUGGUGCUAUGUAGUGCCCCACCUGUGGAUGGAAAUACACCAUGCAAUGCGUAUAUCGUACAAUCAAAUCCUUUCUCAUCAGCAACAUUCUUAUCAGAAAAAAAUAAUUUGUGGAAAUUUACAGAAGAAAAUGGUCUCCUUGAAAUACAAGGCCCCCAAAAUAGCACUGUAAUCAUCUUCUUUAAUUCUCCGGAAGAUUUAGAAAGUAAAAUGUCAGGACAAAAGGCAUUAGUGAAUUACUCACAAAGUUUCGUUGGUUCGGAAGAGACUGUGCUUCUAAACGAAGUAACAAGAUUACCAUUUGGAGCCAUGUUCCUGUUGUGUUCUCAUGGUCUUGGGGUCGAUGAUAAGACCACUUCUGCCCUUUACAUCAUUGGUCUAAAUAAAAGUAAUCUAGAUUGCACGUUUGUCCAAGGUAUGAGUGGCACAUUUUCGUCAGGUAACGCUUGGAAGAUUUACAUUUCAAGCGACAACCUUGUUGCUGUCGGACCAUCUGGACCUUGCCGAUAUGCAAUCUUCUCGAACAUCUCAUCGCCCAUCGAAAUUAACGAAAGUCGAUUGGCAGAAUGUUUACUGACUGGUGAGCCUCAAAAAAUGAGAAGUGGUCUUAUGGUUUACGAAGACAAAGUAAUAGGCUGGAUGAACAAAGUAUGCAAAGUGAAGUUAUAUAUGAAUGGGAAAGUCCUUGAAGUCGUUGAAAUCGGAAAGUUAUUUAAACAGCCAGACGGGCGUUUUGGAUUUCGUCGGGAACUAACAGAAGAAAAUAGGAAACCAGGUUUAAAACUCGUCCAGGCAUAUGCCCUAGUCCAAGAUAAAAAUGGUGUUGAGAAAAUGUUAGAGCUAGAUGGGUCACCGCAGUCGAUAAAGAUUCAACCGAAAGGCGUACACGUUGCAGUUAAUUUUGGUGGACCAGCAUACGAAGCUCUCUCUGGAAUCGUAUUCGAUGACACACAAACGCUUUUCAAAAUGGAUAAAGAACAUGGUAUAUCUUUCAAUAGAUGUGUAACAGAUGCCAUGGAAAAAAUACGUGAAAAGGUUCCAGAAUUAUCUUUGAAAUUUACUGACAUCGAAACUGUAGUUGAUGACGGAAAACUACAACUGUCAUUCGGAACAGUUAGCAGAGGCUCUGGUGCAAGGCCCGCUGGUGUGGUCAUUACUGAUAAAACAUAUGUUGAACCUAAACUUUCCAAAGAACAAAUAGCAGAGGAAAACAAAAGGAAAAUUGAGUUAGCAGACAACUUGGCACCAAUCGAUCGAGUACUGUCAAGAAAGCAGAUCAAAAUAGCUGGAUGGUCAUCAAAUCUGCUUGAAAAUGCAUCUGGAGAGAAUGGUGAUAUGUCUGGUUGGAAUUAUAGCGGCGAUUGGGCGAUUCAAGGAGGAGGACACAACACCGAGACCAAGUUUGUUUCCUCACACAUGACUUGCUACAAGAGUCAAGAAAUUAACCUUCUUACUCAAUUUUCGGAAAAGCAUUUAGAUUCCAGUCCAGAGAUACAGGCGACCGAAUUUUUCCGCCGUGGAUGUUGUGAAGGUGGCUACUACUCGUUAACGGUUACACUACUGGACGCUGAGGGUGAGGAAAUAGUCCGAAAAUCUACAGGUGAAAAGGGGAGUAUAGAAGUUGGGCUAAAGGAAUGGAUUCGUGAAGAUUUUACAUUUAAGAAUUAUCGAAAAGGUCUUCGCUUCCUCUCAUUUGAAACAACCGCAAGUGACGAUAAAGGAUGGGCGGGAGCUUUUGGAGCACAGGUGUCUGCUGCGUGCUUGCGAGUAAAAAGUGAGGUCACUGCCGCCGCCGGUGACGCAUAUGAAGAUGUCAUUAGUGCAGAGGCAGGAAAACAAAGUAUUGGCCAUAUUAUUCGAGGUUUACUAGAAGAGCAUACGGAAAGUUUGAACGAAAUUCAACAAGAUGAAGAGGGAGAAGUAAUACCGGUAGAUUUCAAUAAGGCACUGCCACUUCCAAUAUCAAAGCCUGUAAAUCGACGACGAAAAAAACGACGAGAGGUGCGAGUUUUUGUUUCAAGUACAUUUCGUGAUUUCCAGGAAGAACGUGAGGUUCUUAUAAAGAAGGCGUUCCGUGAAUUAAAUCGCAUCUGUACAGAUCGUGGUAUCUGCUUUACAUAUGUAGAUCUUAGAUGGGGGAUAACGCAAGAACAGUCCAUUGAUGGUCAGACGAUCUCUAUCUGUUUGCAAGAGAUUGAUAAGUGUCGUCCAUACUUUAUCUGCCUUCUUGGUGACCGAUAUGGAUGGUGUCAGAAAGAAUCGCUCCCCGAUACACUUCUUAACAAAACUUACGAUGUUGCCAUUGCUAAUCACAGCCGAUUUGAUUGGAUCGAUUCUUUCAGAUUCGACACAAGUGUAACACGGUUGGAAGCAUUGUAUGGCGCCCUCAGGAAUAAGGAAUAUUCAAAAGAACGUGCUUUCUUCUACAUACGGGAUCACCAAUUAGAAGAAGAAGAUAUAGAGAUAAUGAAAGAAAUUCAAAAUGACUUGAUCAGAAAAGAAAAGGAGGCAAAUGAAAGAGAGGGAAAAAGCAAAGAGAAGAAAGUAGAGGAAGAGAAUAAGAAAGACAGCGAUAAACCAGAAGAGGAUAACAAAAACAAAGAGGACAAAAAAUCUAAAAAUGACAGCAAGAAAAAAGCGCUUGAGUCUCUUUGGCAUUUUGAACAACAGCAGAAAUUCCGUAAGAUUGUAGAAGAGUCUGGAAUGAAUGUCAGAAAAUUCAAAGGGGCUGACGAAGCGCACAAUAAAAUUCUUGGGGAUCUCACAAGAUGUAUUGACGAGGAUUUCCCCCCGGGGACCGAGCUUACAGCCCUCCAGCGUGAACGAGAAGCUCAUGUAGCAUUUGCUGAAGUUCGUUGCCGAAUCUACAUUGGUCGAGAGGACUACUUUAAGGCGAUCGACGACCAUGUUAGCAAGGAUACUGAUGAGCCGUUCGUCAUUCUUGGUAGAUCUGGUUCGGGAAAAUCGGCAUUGAUCGCUAACUGGUGCACAAGAUACGAAGAAAAUAACCCAAAUCAUUUCGUGUUCAUGCAUUUCAUCGGCAGCUCUGCAGAAAGUGCUUCGCACUUAAACCUCCUCCGACGAUUAUAUGAAGAAAUGAAGCAGUUUUUCAAUUUUCCGCAACCAGUUCCUUCAUCCGAUCGUAACUUGGUUUUAGAUUUGCCGUCAUGGCUCAAACAAGCAGGAAAUAGCGGUAAAGUAAUGCUUGUCUUGGACGCUUUGAAUCAGUUAGACACCGGAGCUGGGACAAAAGGUGACGAACAGGAGUUAAAAUGGCUUCCAAAAAAGCUUCCAGAGGGGGUUAAAAUGGUCCUGUCAACACUACCUGGGAAGGCGUAUGAUGCGGUGUUGAUGAAUGAAUGGCCAACAUUUGAGAUAUUUCCGCUGCAAUCGAGUGAGAAAAAGCAGAUAAUUACGGAAUACAUGACGCUCUACGCUAAGACACUUAGCGAGGAACAAAUGGAGAUGAUAAUACAGGCAAACCAGACCAGUAACCCACUGUACCUUAAGUCACUGAUGGACGAGAUUCGGAUGUAUGGAGAAUUUUUCCAACUGACGAGUGCAAUCAAAUCGUACCUGACGGCUGGUGAUCCAGGAGAAUUGUUUGUUAAAAUUCUUGAGCGUUUGGAAACUGAUUUUGAAAGUGGUUCAUACGAAAGGCAAGUGCUACCGGAUUAUAACUAAUUACUGUAUAAUACGAAAUUAUAUAUAGGCCUAUGUAUAUAUACAUAUAUCUACAUAUAUUAUGUUUCGUCAAGAAUUUGGUCUCCAUUCUACUUGUCACUGGAAGAAAAUCUAAUCAAUCGUAACGGAGUGCUUAACUUUUUCCACGACCACCUGAGGCAGGCUGUUGAACGAAAGUAUCUAAAUACGCCAGAACUUAAGCGACAGUGUUAUGUCGAUGUGGCGGAUUUCUUUAACAAGAAGGACAUCGAUGAUCGCUAUACGGAAGAGGUACCGUACCUUCUAUCCCAAGCCGGUGAGUUGAAACGUCUACGCGGUACCAUUCUGAACGUCGCGGUUUUUCAACGACUGAUGGCAACAGAAGAAGGAAAGUUUGAGCUAAUAAAGGCCUGGCAGUUGCUCGGAGGAUACGAACAGGUAGAGGAAGCCUACCUUGAUAAAUUGGAAAAGGCCGAAACACAGGAGAACACGCGAGACAGAGCAAGCUUGAUCAGAUCGAUGGCGGGAUUCUUUAUGCAGUUAGGCCUUCAAAAAGGUGCCAGAUCACUAUAUGAAAGCCUACUCGAUGUAUUAGAAUCCAAAUACGAAGAGGAUUACUCAACUAUUGUGUACCACUACAAGAAAUACAUGUUUAAACGACAAUGUAUACACCAAGAAGUAUUAGAUGUGAUUAUACAACUUGGAUCAGUUUGUCGUAACCUUGGUGAACUUAACGACGCCAAAAAUUACCUUUUUGACGUCAUCAGCCGGAUGAACAAGAUUCGCACACCUGCCCAGAAACUGCAACUGGUUAAAGCUCUUCUUGGAAUGGGGUCAGUUCUUCGACUUCAAGGACGCGCGGAAGAGGCUAAGUGGUGCCUGAACCGAGCUCAAGAGAUAGCAACAGACAUUCUCGGAAAGAACCACCAUUACGUUGCAGCAAUCGUCGGGCAGAUCGGAGAACUAUCGUAUGGGCAAGGGCGACUUGACGACGCAUUAAUUCAUCACCUGUGGGAUAUGCAGCUAACUCAGAACGAAGUGGGCUUGAGUCAUCCACGUGUGGCCGCCAUCUUAAACAAUAUUGCUCUUGUUUACGAUGAUAAGAAUGACAAAAUAGCAGGUGAUUUAUUCAAAGGAGUUUUGGAUAUAUUGAUACAAGCUUAUGGGCAAAACCAUGUUGACGUUGCUGUUAUCAGGUACAACCUAGGAGCCUUUCUUUUCGCCACAAACCUCUACGAGAGAGCUCGCUAUCAGUUUGAUGAAGCUCUGCGAAUAUUCGACCUUUUCCUUGGCAGUGAUCAUCCGGACACAAAAUCAACUACGGUGGCCCUCGAAAAGCUAAAUACAUUUGUGACAUAAACCAAUAUAAUAAUCACAUGCAUCCAUAUGAGUUUGUAAUGAAUUUGUAUCUGAUUAUUUAGAGUAUUACCAAAUAUCAAAGAAUAUCAUUAGUCUAAUAUAAUUCAAUUAAUGACCUUAUACUUUCUUUAAAUGUUGUUAACACAUUCACAUUGCUAGCCUUAGUUCGGGCAUACAUUUUUUGUUUACUCUGUUAAUUCCUCCUAUUUUUUUUCUUUUUGGCGCUAAGUACGUGCCAAACUAAAUUAAAUUGUUGUCCCAACUAUUUAAGUGCUUUUUUUUUUUUUUUUUUU